AUGGGCCUACUGGAGGAUUCCAACUCUGACUUCUGUCUGCUUAUUUAUUGUCCUUGCCUUCUGUCAUCUUCUUCUUCCUUCUGCCUUUUUGUUCCCCUGAUCUCUUUAUUAUGGGCCCUUCUGAGGAUUCCAACUCUGACAUCUGUCUUCUUAUUUAUAGUCUUCUUUUUCUGUCAUAAUUCAUCUUCUUCUCUUCUGCCUUUUUUUCCUUCCCACUUCUUAAUGUUCAUUUUCCUUCUGCCUUUUUGUCCAUUCACUGACAUUUUUAUGGGCCUACUGAGGAUUCCAACUCUCCUUCCUCUCCACUUCUCUCUUCUUCUUCUUAGUCCAUUUAACCUUCUUCAUAAUGUCGCUUCCUUCUGCCUUUUUGCUUUCUCACUUGCCCACUCUCAUAAUGUCUUCCUUCUUCCUUUUGUGAGAGCUUCUUCAUUCAUUUUAUUCUUUUUUACUUUCGAUUCCAACUCUUCCUCAUCUUCUCUCUUUUUAGUCCUUCUCCUUCCUCUCCUCAUUCUGUCCUUCCUUCUUCCUCCAUUUCAGAGCUUUCAUUCUUAUUAUGGCCUUUUGAGGAUUCCAACUCCUACUUCAUUCUGUCUUUUAUUUAUAUCACUUUUUCCCACUGUCAUAAUUCUUCUUCCUUCUGCCUUUUUUCAUCAACCUUCUGCCUUUUGCUUCCUUUUUCCUCUUCCCUUCUUCAUCCUUUCUCUUAUUCCAACUCUGACAUCUUCUACUCCUUUUCUCUUCUUCUUCUUCUUCUUCAUUUCUUCUUCCUUCUUCUUUUUCAUUUCCUUUGAUUUUUGCUUUCGUCCUCCUACUUCCUCUUCCAACUCUCACUUUUCUCUUAGCUUUAUUUAUCUUCUCCUUGCCCACUGUCAUCUUCUUCUUCUUCUUCUGCCUUUUGUGCUUCUCUUGACAUUUUAUGGGCCUACUUUUUCCAACUCCUCUAUCUGUCUUCCAUUUAUCUCCUUUUUCCUUCUUCUUUAUCCUUCCUUCUCCUCCUUCUCUCUACAUCUGAUUCUUCCUUAUAACCCUACUGAGGAUUCCUUCUCCCAUUUCCUUCUGCUUCUUCUCACUUUCUUCCUCUUCUUCUUCUUCCUUUUCUCUCUUUUUUUUUCUUCCCCUUUAUCCUUCCUCUUUCUUCUGCCUUCUCCUUUUCUCUCCUCUACUUCUUCUUCUUUUCUUCUUCUUUUCUUCUUCUUUUUUCCUUCCCUUUGA